UUCAAGGCGUCAGAAGAUGAUCGACUUCGAUCCCGUGCUUCGUUUGCAAAAAUUGUGAACGCAGUCAUAGCGUGGAUAACCUCGAUGUCUGGACAAUCUUGUAGGGAUGCGGAAGUGGAGUGAUCCUGGGGCCUUAAUACCAGGAACACCGGAAACAUCAAGAAAUCUGGUAAGCUCUUAAACUCCUGGAUUGCUUGAAAAGCUGGUGAGAAAGGCAAUCGUGGGGUGAUUGCGUACUCGCGGAUUGCUUCCAACGUGCUCGAGAAGUCUUCCAUUGUCACCCAGACGGACGCCGCAGGGGUCAACUGCCAUGCUUGACCACGGGGGGUCUGUAGCCACUCUCGUCCUCUCUCUGUCUGCAGCCACUCUCGUCCGCCCAUGAUCUGCAGCCACUCUCGCCCGCUCAGGGUCAGCAGCCACUCUUGUCCAUUCUUCGUCUGUAGCCAUUCUUGGCCAUGUUCAGUCCGCAGCCCACCUGGGGUGCGCAGCCACUCUUGUCCGCCCGGAGUAUUGUGCAGCCAUUCUCGCCCUCCUGGGCUCAGGAGCCACUCUUGCGCGCUCUGGAUCAGUAACCACUCUCUCCCACUCUGGGUCAGGAGCCACUCUCGCCCGUGGAAGGUGUGUAGCCAUGCAUGUCCGAUUGGAUUUUGCAGUUUAGUUAGGGUCUGCAGCCACUCCCUCGCGCUUGAUGUUUGCAGCCACUCUAUCCCGCUCGGUGUCUCCAGCCACUCCCUCGCGGUCGGUGUCUCCAGCCACUCCAUCCCGUUCGGUGUCUCCAGCCACUCCCUCCCGUUCCAUGUCUGCAGCCACUCCAUCACGUUCAGUGUCUCCAGCCACUCCCUCCCGUUCGGUGUCUCCAGCCACGCCCUCCCGUUCGAUGUCUGCAGCCACUGCCUCCCGUUCGAUGUCUCCAGCCACGCCCUCCCGUUCGGUGUCUCCAGCCACUCCCUCCCGUUCGGUGUC